GCCUCCUCCAGUCAAAACUCUCACAGUGAGGCGGAAUACACACAAGGACGGACACUUCUGCAUUCAUCUUCAUCAACAUGACAUUCUUAAUUUGCAUUUUUGUAUUUUGUCUGUCUACAUUUUUAAAGGAGGUGCAGGGCACGUAUGGCCCUUACGCACGGAACCAGAACCAGUUGUACCCGAACCAGCAGAGAUCUCACUUCUCCCCUAAUAAUGUGCCUGGACACGGCAACUCCAUCAACUUUGGAGCUCAUGGCUUUAAUCACAGGUUUUACAGCUAUCAUCAUCGCAACCCUCAUCAACAUCAUCACCAGCGGCCGCCCUGGAAGGGGCCUCCCUUUAUCUACCACCGUCCUGUCUUACCUGUCUGGCCCAUCUCACCUGUCCAGCCUGUUCGGACAGUUCUGCCCACACCGCCCAGAAUGCCAGCGGUGUCACCUGCCCCUACAGUGCCCAUGCCACUCGCCACGGUAGCCACCCUCCCCCCGCCACCUCCAACACAGACUACAACCACUACAGCCACUACAACCACUACAACCACUCCACAGCCGGUCAGUACCCCUCGUGGCACAACUGCCCCUGCCGAACCUCCCACUGACCCAGCUCCAGCAGAGCUUUGCAAGAGCCGUCCUCUAGACCUGGUUUUUAUCAUCGACAGUUCUCGAAGCGUCCGUCCUGCAGAGUUUGAGAAGGUCAAAAUCUUCCUCUCUGAAAUGGUCAACUCUCUAGAUAUCGGAUCCGACGCCACACGAGUCGCCCUGGUCAACUACGCCAGCACCGUCAACACUGAGUUCCUUCUGAAAAAGUACUUUAGUAAGGCUGAAGUCAAGCAGGCCUUCUCCCGUAUCGAUCCGCUCUCAACGGGAACCAUGACUGGCCUGGCCAUCAAAACCGCCAUGGAGCAGGUUUUUACAGAGACUGCUGGAGCCCGGCCACUGAAAAAGAAUAUCGGUAAGGUGGCCAUUAUUGUGACCGACGGAAGGCCGCAAGAUAAAGUUGAAGAGGUUGCAGCAGCAGCAAGGGCUUCUGGGAUUGAAAUAUAUGCCGUUGGAGUGGACCGAGCAGAUAUACGGUCUCUUAAACUGAUGGCCAGUCAGCCUCUAGAUGACCAUGUGUUCUAUGUGGAAACAUACGGCGUGAUUGAGAAACUCACAUCCAAGUUCAGGGAGACACUCUGUGGUUUCGACGCUUGUGCACUUGGGCACAACUGCGAACAUAUUUGUGUCAACAACAAUGCUUCUUAUUUCUGCAAGUGCAGAGAGGGAUAUGUUAUCAACUCUGACAAGAAAACAUGCUCUAAGCAGACCAACGAAGAGGCAAGAGGAGAUCUGACUGAGAAUGCCUGCAUGUGUGAGGCUCAAAUCGCAUUUCAGAGGAAGGUUCACAACAGCAUACAGGCGCUCACCAGCAGACUGGAUGACAUCACAAACAGAGUGCAGCAGUUUGAUCUCCGUCAUGCCUAGAGUGGAGAAUGGGACUCAAAACGGCUUGAUCCAGAAAACAACAACAACAACAACAGCAUCUUUAUUUAAUCUUUCGUUGUAGCAUUCUUCACUUUGUAUAUUUAAUCUGUUAAAUGUGUUAUUACAUAUUGUGCUUAUUAUUUUAGGUUUCAUUAUGUUCUGAGUAUGAUUUUUGAGUUAUCAACAUAUAUCAUAUUGACUUUGUUGACAAAGUGUUAAAUGCAGAAUAAAUUUCCUUUUAUUUUUGGAACAAAUAGUAAAAGUAAAUAAGUAAGUAAAGGUAAUAUGUAAAGUAUAUGCACAUUAUUUUAUAUUUUUCUUUAUUUUGGAUACUUGUACAAAUAUAUAUGAAGAAAUAAAAUAUUCUUUGACGCCA